AUGGAGGACUUGAUUCUCAUGCGUGAAUUACGAAUCACUGAAAGAGUAGCUGAAAUGAUUUGUUCGCCACGGCAUGGCUGGUCACGAUCGUGUCGUGUAAUGCUGCUUCAAUGCUUAGCCAACAUGGCAGUUUGCCCUGAAAAUCAUGCGAUUGUACGCUGUGUUAUACCGCAUGCAGUACAACGGCUAUCAUUAAACGACGAAAUGGAAGUGGUUGUCGCGCUCCAAGCACUCACCAAUCUCUCAUUGAACAUCUCCACUGAGCAGAUUCCCCAAUUCGUACCGGCAAUUCCUCAUUGUCUCUCACGAUUGUGGAUUCGAGGAGAACCGAAUCUCAACGCUCUCCGAUUACUCGUAAAUCUAAGCUGUUGUCCAGAUAUGGUGCCGUACAUGCUUGGUUCAAAGUCAGUGAGCGGUCUGCUUCGAUUGUUGGACACCGACCGCGAGGAAGUCCUGCUUCGUGCGAUUACUUGGCUGUUGUGUACAUCAUCAGCGGUGGACGCCCUGCAUCUGACUUACGACAAAAUUGCUUGUCACAAUCAGGACCCAUUUCGCAACCCAGCACACACGUUGUAUCAUUCUAUAUACGGUCCAAAAAGUCGGGAAGAACUGGAAGAACGAGCUCGGGAAUUGACUCAACACUCGAAUCCCGAUGUCUGUAAUAAAGCCUCAAGAUUGCUGGAAAUUUUGAAAAACAUCCCACCAUUUGCAACACUUGGCUCGCAAUUGAAUCGGUUAUGA